AUGACGUUAAAUUUCGCACAGCCAUCACCUUCACCCGUCAAAAAACCAUCAUCGGGUGACGAACGUAAUGCCGCAUCAUCGUCAAUUAAUGGUGCCUCAUUGAAACCUGAUUUCAAGGAAGACAAACCCAUUUACACGGUCGACGGAGAAUUAAUACCCCCCAAACCAGCUUUUCCAGAUAAUUGUUGCAUGAGCGUCUUUGAUGUCUACCAAGAAGAUAUUCAGGAAUGGAACAAGAAGGUGAAUGCAAUAAGGGAACGCUUGUUGAGAAUGAACAAACCAUUGCCCCCAAUCCUCGAACAAGGCAACAAACCGGAUGGCGAUGAGAUGGAUCCCGGAAUGAAAGCUUUUUUAGAAUUGGAAAAAAAGUUGUUGGCCAAAUCAUGA